AUGCGUACCGCCGUCUUGUCUCUGGGCGCCCUUGCCCUUGGCCUAGCCAAUGCCCAUGAGUACCCCAACUGCGAGUCGGACAACUGCUACCGCAACCUCAUCGAUGAGCGCUUCGCGGCUGAGGCGGUCUCGUGGUGCCCUGAGUUCCUGGCCGGCACCACCACCGCGGCCGCGGCCAUCCCCACAGACUUCGGCAACUGCGAUGGCAAUGUGGCUGCGGUGAGCUCGGCUUGCUCGUGCAUCACGUAUACCGCCACGGCUACCGCGACGACUACCACCAGCACUGUCACCAGCACAAGCACCAGCACUACCACCGCCACUAGCACCACCAGCGACGAUGACGAGUGCACAACAGACGUCCCGGAAACCACGACGACUGAGGUCCCGGCCACUACCACUACCACUAGUGAUGACGAGUGCACCACCGAUGUGCCCGAGACUACUACCACGACCGCGGCGACCACCACGACUAGUGAUGAUGACGAGUGCACUACUGAUGUCCCCGAGACGACCACCACGUCUGAGCCGCCUGCCACGACUACCACUAGCGAUGAUGAUGAGUGCACCACGGACGUUCCCGAGACCACCACCACCACGGAGCCCCCGGUCACUACCACGACCACCGACGACGAGUGCACCACCGACGUUCCGGAGACUACCACCACUACCACUGAUGACGAAUGCACCACCGACGUCCCCGAAACCACUACCACGACCGAGCCUCCCGCCACUACCACCACCACUGGUGAUGACGAUGAGUGCACCACCGAUGUGCCCCCGGAGACCAGCUCGACCGAGGUCCCUCCGGAAACCACCUCGACCACUGAGGUUCCCCCGGAGACCACCCUCACCACUGUGACCACUGCCCCCUCCACCAACAAGGGCACCCAGACGCCUUCCGAGACGCCUUCCGAGACUCCUUCCGAGACUCCCUCGGAAACCCCCUCUGAGACCCCCUCGGAGACUCCCUCGCAGACCCCGUCCGAGACUCCUUCCAACCCGCCCACCAACCCUCCCCCGACUCUGACCACUGGUUACAGCAGCACUCAGUCGCCCGCCCCGACCACCUCGGGCCCGGUCACCGCCGGUGCUGGCCGCGUUGUCUUCGGCGUUGAGGGCGUUGCCAUCAUCGCCGGGUUGCUGGCUGCUCUCCUGUAA